ACUACAUACAGCGAGUGUUCGGACAGGAAAAGGGACCCCAUUUCGGCUGGUCUCACCACAGCGCAGGGACGCUUACCCAUCUUAUUCUUCACCCCGUGGCAUCACCGGCAUCGCGCAUAGCCUUUAUUCUGUAAAUACCCCCUGCCCUUGUCUGUUCUUGACCCCGUCGCGCGCCUUGUCUACCUGGGCUUGAGCGCCCUGCGCCACCGUGGUUCCCCGAUCGCCUCCGUGUGGGCUGCAUAUCGACAAAAGCCUCGCACGCGAGCCAUCCAAUCCUUCUCGCAUCAUACAUACGUACGUAGUACAUGUUUACCUGUACGCCUCGGCGUCACCAUUCAACGCCCGCCUGCGUGAGGUGGCCCACACCGGACCCGCUCCGUUCAUGCGUUGUUGUGCGCACGGCAUCGACAGGCACCGCGCGCUCACGUCGUAACGAAGAGACUGCGACCGAUUAGACGGCCCCCUCCUCCGACCGCGACCAAGCGACGACGGGCCACACCCUUGGCCAGAGACAACAAAUACCAGCCGGCACGGCUCACGCGCCUGCACACACCUCAUCGCUCGAGGCCGGCCCGACGCCUCUAGCAUGAGCGCGGCCCGUUGACGGGACCAUGGUUCGCGUCACCGACGACCUGGCGCUCUCGCCCGAGAGCGUCGUUCUCUACCAUGCCUCGGACCCGCUGCUCGGUCACCUGCCCGUCCUCGUCUUCCACGGGCCUUCGACCACGGCCAACUACACGCACAACAGCUCCCGCGUCCAGCUCCAUGUUCUCUCGCCCGCCGGCUUCCAGUCCUUUCCACGCGUCACCAUCUCGCCCAACUCACCCUUCUACACCGUCGUCAACCACCUACCCCGCGAAUUCCAGGGCGACGAGGUCUAUCGUGGCCUUGCAUUUGGCCUCUUCAAGUACUUCAACGAGCUCUCGGACGGCGUCAAGACAUACCUGCGCAAUGCGUAUCCCACCAGGGGCAAACGACCUGGCAGCGCGCCUGCGCUCUUUGGCGAGCAGCACGCUGCCGACUUGGUCGCUACCAUGACCAAAAGCGAAAAUGCGACCUCCGUUAUCACAGCGCUCAACGAGGCGCUCCAAACCCAGCAUGUGAGCCAUGUCGACGUCGAUUUCGUGCUCCCGCCCGGCACCAUCGUGCCGCUACAACCCACCGAUUACGAAGAGGUACCUGACGAUGAGGACGACAUACUUGAUCCGACAUUGCGCCAGUAUGGUGGCUACACGCCGCUCGUGAAACUUCUCGGCGAACCGGUAUUCCUACCCACAAGUCGACUGCGUCGGGCACCGUCCAAGCCGACGGCCUUGAACCGAAGCAAGUCAUUCACCAAGGACCAGAAGUUUGAGCUGAGGAUGAAACUGGCUGAGCUUGUCGACACGGAGGAGCGCUACGUCAUGAAACUUGGUGAGCUGGUGCACCACAUUGCUCGUGACUUCCGAGAGUCGGCCAAGAAACGGUCACCGGAUAGCCUGAGUCCGUCCGAGGAGGAACUCGGGAGGCUGUUUCCACCUUCCGCGGACAGCAUCUUGCAGGUCAACUCGGAGUUUGUCCAACAGCUUCGGAAGAUUAUGGACGAGUCGGAGGAGGAGGCGACCAAAGACAUGGAGACUACAACGCCCAACAUCCUAGGCUCUAAGCUAGGGAACUCCCCGCGGAUACGCGACCCGAGCGGCGCCCUGGCCAUGGCGCGCUUGUUCUUGGAAUGGUUCCCGAAAUUUACAGAAUGCUACCAAAACUACAUCAAAGCCAGCCAGCAUUUCCCGACCCUGCUCAACUCGUUCCUCGACCAGCAGUCAAGCUUCAGGCAGCGCGUUCACCAAACAGGCGAACAGACUGUUCGCUCCAUUCUCAUCGAGCCCGUGCAGCGACUGCCUCGAUACAGUCUCCUCAUCGACCAAAUUGUGGGGUCACUUCCCAUGACCCAUCCGGCCCUACAGCCCAUGCUGAAGGCCCGGGAUAUCAUAACCAAUAUCUGUUCUAUGGAUGAGCCGCUACCCGACAAGCCUCAUGUGGUCAGCCGACUUCGAAAUAUGGUUGAAGCCUGGCCCGUGGAAUUCGAGCCGCAAGGCCGUUUGGUCCUGGCAGCCGACUUCCUGGAACUGACCCCUCCGUUCCAGUCUCCUGCUAGUGAGGUAGAAGCAGCAGGCAUGUUCUUGCUGUUCUCCGACUGCAUUGUUGUGCUCAAGAAGACGGGGGCCAGCAUGACUGGGCGAGAUCUCCUGCGGGAGAUUGACAAGCCGUCGGCGGCGGAACUGUUGAUCUCGAUGACCAACGCAGCCGGCGGGACAGCUUCCUAUGAAUUUGCGUUCACGGGAUGGCAUACUUUGGCAGAUGUGCGCUUCACUGAGUCGUCUGAUGGGACACUGGUGUGGAUGACGUCGACGCAGGACAUGAAGGGUGCGCAUACUGGCGAGCACAAAUUGAGCAAGUCACCUACAUCUCGCUGCUUCAUGCUGCAGGAGGCAUUUGAGGGCAAGGCCGCCAAAUGGGCAGAGGAUAUCGUCAAAGCCCGAGUGGAGGCGCGUUUCUCAGAAGCGGAACGCGAAAAUCCCUGUUGGACGCUUCGUUCUGUGCGCAUGCAGGACAGUAGCCUCGGACUGCACGCUGCCGUCUUCCAAGAGGGAGCGCACCAGCUCAUCGAGGGUCGACGGGAGCCCGCAUCAAUCAGGAUCGUAGUCGAUCACGAGAAGGGCACCAAGGGUGCGCCUGUAGGACACUAUGGCGUCGAGAUCGUGGUCAAUUUGUCGAGCGGCAACAUGAAGCGCGUAUCGAUACUCACUGUGGGGCUAAACGGCAAGCAGUAUCAGGACGACGUGGCGCUGGAGGACUUAUUGCCGACCAUGUCGCGCAGGAUUAUCCAACUCCUAAGCACGCAAUUCGACCUCGCCAACAUGAACCUCACGGCCGCGCUGGUCUCAUACUAUACCAAGACUAUUCGUGGAUUGAGUUUGUCCAAUAGAGUGGAAAAAACGCGGUCAUUCCUUGCCGCGUCUCCUGUCAAGCUCCUCUCCAACCUUUGGGGAGGCGGGUCGAACAGCAACACGCCGGAGAUAACUGUGACGAAUAACAAGCACCAGCAUACGCCGUCGCUGCACCGCACUGAGAGCCACCACUCGAUGUUUGGGUCCAUCAGGGGCAAAGAUGAGCGCCCGGCUACAGCCGACAGCCGUCCGGAGAACCCCCUGAUGAGGCUCGAGCAGACAUUUACGGGAUACAUUGCCGCCCUCCAGGGACGCAAGGGCUCCAUCAUCGGCCGCACGCUGUUGAACAGGUCUCUUGUGGACGAGCUGACCGUCAACGACCUGUACAACCGACUGAUCGAAAGCCCGUUCGACUACGAGGCAGGAAGCGACCUUGGUACCGAAGUCAUAUUCGUUGCGUUCGAAAACUUUAUCAGAAUGGCCUGGGCAGAGCAGAUGGGCCCAGUCAUGACGAUGCAGGCACUCGAUUCACUGCAAGAGCGGGCGAACAAGAGAGUCCCCGGAAAUUUUGCGGAUUUUGUCAACUAUUUGUUUAAGGAGAUGGCACCACAGAAUCGCAGAGCGUUCACGGCGUUGAUCAAGCUGCUGGCCGAUUUGCUCGAUGGAUGUGGUAAUGACAGCGACCGCGGUGCGUUGACGCUGGCGUUUGCGGAGCUUCUGGUCACGGAUGGCACGGCGCCUAACUACAUCAACCUGCUCGACCGUCUGGUAGAAGACUGCGACAAAAUCUUUGAGGACCCGUGGAUGCAGCACACACUCAACUUUGCAGGAUCUAGCAUCGACUCCAUCAGCUCCGGCACACGUCCCAGAGCACAUACUGCCUCCAUAACUUCCAACACAUCGUCACUGCGCCGCAAGUUUGGCCUUGAUAUGCUCCUGAGACAGAAUCAAAAGGAGGAGAGGCCAUCGGUGUGGCGCUCGCUCAGCAAGCACCGGAAUCCCGCUACUGGCGAAGCUUCGAGCUUGUCUCGUGGAGUCAUGAGCCGUACACGAUCGAUCGACGACAACACGAUACCGAGGGGUCUGCUCAAGCGGCCUGGGUCGCGUGACCGACCUCCGCUUGCCGGGGCCUUUGACGAGGCGCCACAGCGGCCGGCGAGCUCUCAUCGACUCGACUUCCCGCUCGACACCAUUGGAGAGCCUCCGGACAACCCGGCAGGGUCCAAGCGCAGCAAAAAGAAGCGCCGCAGCUCUCUGUCCGACUUGAAGAGCUUGAUGGCGUCUGCUACCAUCGAUGACGAGCCGCUCGAGCCGCUCCAGACGACUAGGGAGACUUCUGGCAAGAUGAACGCGACGACGCCGGUUACGAGCCCCAAGAACGCAGCACCUUCUAGGAUACCGGUGAGCCCUAACGUGGCGCACGUUCUGAAGAGUCCGCGAUCAAAGGAAAACUAUGCCGACCCUUUUGCAAGCACGCCCUUGAUCAUCGGACCGCCCCUAGUGCGACCGGAGACGGCGCCCAAGGUCGAGCCGCUGGCCAAGAUACCCGCUCCUUCGAGACCCCAGGACUCGCCGAUUAAGCGUCGGAGUCACGCCAAGACGCUCUCGUCAACGAGCAUCCCUAUACUUAAGCCGGCGCGACCUGCCACCUCUGGGGGAGACUCCCCAACACGGCCGUCUAGCCCGACUAGGACCGCGACGAUGAAGUUGCGCCUACAAUCGCCACAGAGGCUGCGCGAGCGCUUGCAGACGGAGAAAAAGGCGGUUGGAGACGCGGACGCAUCUCUGCAGUCUGAGAUGUCCCGAAUCGGUGCCGAGAUGGCACGCCUCGACCACAGCGACGGCAGCAAUCAGACAGCGGACGUGCGGCGACUGGGCGCGUCGGUUAAGGCGCUCGAGAACAGGAUUCCGGCGGUGUUGCGCGAGCUCACAGACAAGCAGGCCGCAAUGCAGCGUGCCAUGGAGACGACGGUGAAGUCGACCGAGGUGAAGAUGCGGGCGGUGGACCAGCUGCACAAGGAAGCGGUGGCAGAAAACGAGCUGCUGUAUGAGCGCUUUAACGGCGAGCUGGCCAAGAUUGUCAAGGCGCUCAAGGGCAAAGGCAAGGAUGACAGUGAGGAGCUCUUGGCGCGGCUCAAGGACCAGAGCGAGGAGACGGCGCGACUCAAGAAGGAAAAUGCACGACUGAAGCGCGACAUGGCGAGCCUGCGGGCGGCGCUCAAAAGCUUGGAGUGAAGCGUCGCAUUUCCUGACGGUGCCGACGACAUGUGCACCCGCGAACUGUGUUGGGUACUUUGUAUAGAGUGUUGUACACUUGGUUGAGUUCUGUCUACGCACAGCAUAGGAGUCUGACCGGCACUGGGUUUAUAUGGACUGGGCGGGCGGUGCGCGGUGGGCUCUGUACAGAAACGGGAUCGGUCUGGUUCAGGCGGUCACUGUAGGGAUGCACAAAUUGAGACGUGGAAAUGACCACGACUUGGAAUCGAGUCGCAAGUACAGACUACAGUACCCAUACGCCACGCUAUGCUACGAAAUGG